AUGACGACCAUCGACCCAGACAGUGAUCGAGAGCUCUUAACAAUUGCGAAACCAAUACCACAGAAGCGUAAAUCUGUCAUCAAGGAGAUCCCGGUAGGAAAGAAAGCGGAGAAAGGAGAUGAAUUCAGAAGAAAACGGAUGCUGGCGAGGAAUGAUAUCGAAAAAGGGAUUGUCAAUGAAAAUGAAAGUGGAAUCAUUAAAACUAAAGAUGACAGUGAGCGACGAAAGGGGAGAGUCAUCACAAUUGAAGAUGAUAGCGAGAGAGAUUACAAUAAAAUCAAAGAAGAGUGUGAUGACUCUGAUUCCAGUGUGGAACUCUUAAGCCAAGUCUCUAACGAAUUAAGCUUACUCAACAGUAAGAAGAGAACGAAGCAAAAGAAGGAGGAGGAUAAAGAUUAG